CUUCUUUAUUCAGGACACAGUAUUACUACUUCUGGAGAAAGGAGUUCCUGUUGAUGUAAAGAAUGAUCGAGGAUUCCCACCCUUCUUUUUUGCAGCAGAGGGACAGCACCACAGAGUUUGCCAGCUGCUUAUUGAAUGGGGAUUUUAUAUACAUAAUAAAGAUUUUAAAAAUGUCAGCUAUCUCUCUCUUCUUCAGAGCAAAAAACUUCAGGAAUAUUUGGAAGGAUAUUCUGAAUUUUGGUCAAUUGCAGUUCCUAGAAUUGUGCAUGGAAACACUGAAAUUUUGCAUCAUCUAAUAAAUAAAUACCAGGAAGGAGUUGAAUGGAUGGCUAGUUUAAAAAGCAGAUGCAUAAAUGGAAGCACAUUAAUACAUGCGGCAGCUUAUUUUGGAGAAAAAGAAAUUGUAAAGAGACUCUUGGAACUUCAGAUGAAUGUAAACCUGUUGGACUAUAAAGGAGCCACACCAUUGCACAGAGCCAGAGAUCCAGAAACCAUGAAGGUUCUUUUAGAUCAUGGAGCAGAAGUAAACAGCAGAGAUGCAGAUGGCAAUACUCCAGUUCACGUUAUAUGCUACGGGGAGGCUCAAAAUCCCACACAACUUGAGUGUUUAAAACUUUUGCUGUCCACUGGAGUUAAGCUAGAAAAAUCAAAUAACAAAGGUCUUCUUCCAAUCCACUGUGCGGUAAUGCAAGGACGACAAGAUGCCAUUGAUCUUCUUCUUCAGUGUGACAUUGAUGGACGGCUCAGAAGAAAACUAGAGUGCAUGUCAAAAACAGAUUCCCCAAGCCUCCUUUACUUGGCAGUUGCGAAUGGACAUUUAACAUGUGCAGACUGGUUGGCUACAAGAAGGUUUACUUUCAAACCUGCAGAACAAGAAGAAUUGCUAUAUGAACUCUUUCAGGAAGACACUGCUAUACAUGAAAAGACCAAAAGUCUGGAGUUUCUGAUUAAAAGCGGAACAAACAUUAACACAGUUUAUGAAGGUGGAAACAGUGUUUUGCAUCUUGCUGCUCUUAAAUCUGAUUUGAUUGAGAUGUUAGUGAUAUUGUUAAAAGCAGGAGCUGAAGUCAACAAAUACAACAAUGAACGGCACACUCCACUUUUUUAUGCUGUGCAAAUAUCAAAUCUUCAUGGAGCAGUGCUUCUCAUCCGGAAUGGAGCAGAUGUGACAAUAAAGGAUCGCCAAGGUCACUGUGCAUUUGAUUAUAUACAUAGUUAUGAUGAAUGGAUCAAGAGUGGAUUGUUCCCAGAGGAAAUAACAACACUAUUAAAAGGCUAUGACCUCAAGAGGACCCGCUCUCUCAUCAGAAACAUCACCAGGAAGAUCCAAGUGUUUGAUAAGAAGAGACAGCUGCUAAAAGCCAGUUUUCAGAACAAUCCACCAUCCUUGUACCCUUUUUCAGGCUGGUUUCAGACACAACCACAAACAUCUUCACUUGUUUCCUACAUCCAUAAAACUGAAAGAAAUGCAAUAUGUACUUAGAGCUCCUGAGUGUGACAGACUCAGCCGCACUGUGCUUCCUACUGUUGGCAGUUAAAUGAUUCUGCGUCUUUAUUGACUUUCUAAUUGCCUGUCUUAGUUAACACAAUGAUUUUAUUAAUUUAAAUGGUGAUUGGUUAACAGGCUCUAAGGUGCAGAAGUGAGAGAUAAAUAGGCAAAUGUGUUUUCAACAGAGAGGUAUUUUGAAUAUAUACACGAGGCAACAUUAGAUCAUUCAAGAACAGAAAUGAGAUAUGCUGUAACUCAAUACAUGAUACAGAUUUCAUAAAUCCAUGGCAAAGCAGGAAAAACAUACCAAAAUGCCAGUAAUUCCAGGAACAACAAAGAAUACUCACAAUUCCAAUAGAUUUCAAUGCAAAAUGUCUGGUCUAUCCUUUGGCUUUGACCUAAAUAGCCAGAGGGAGAGCUCAAACAUGGUGAUGUCAGGGUGGCUCUGCCUGUUGAGGCUCCACACACAAAGAACGUGGAACAUACAUAAUUAUAAAUGUAACAGAAAAUCCAUAAAAAUAAAAUACUUAACAGCUCAGAAACAACAAAACAAUAAAAUGCAUAAACACAUACAAUACCAUAACAUAACCCCCUCCCUAAGGUGUGGCUACCAGACACCCCUAGUAUAUUCCAUACAAAAUCUUAGCAAAUCCAAACAAUAAAGCCCAUCUUUAGGCCGAGGUGACCAAGCUCAAACACUUGCCCUGACGGGGCUGAUGAGGCAAAAAGACCGUGUCACGAUUGGAACAACUUGGCAGCAGGCAGGACACAUCCAAGCAAGGGUGACAGAACUACAAUAGUCAAGCUAAGAGGUGACUGCUUUAAGUAUAUACUUACUUCUUGAACCUUGGGACACCUUGAUGAAGGUGUCAACUUAGGUGCCAAAUCAAUAGCGCCCCCUCCUGGUGACAAGGUCUGUGAUGGUAACUCAGUUGGGGUCCCUUCUGUGGACACAGGCGCAACUCAAUUAUGUUUUUUGUUUUUAUUUAAUGGUGCAUUUGAAUUUGCAGUAAAAAGGGUGUGAGGCCUCCAAAAACCUUCACAUGCCAGGCCUCGCUUCCUAUGCCUGUCC